AUGAGCGCUUCAGUCCACCGGACCCCCAAAUCUGGAAGGCAAUACCAGUUCUUCCAAGAUUUAGCAACCCCUGUAUCUUCUCAAAGAUCUGAGGGAAAAUUCACGACUCCGGGUCAGGUAGCAGCUGUUUCGGCUCUAAGGCGUGAAAAUUUAGCAAACUCUGAUCUUCCGCCUCCGCCAGUUUUUACUCUUGAAGACCGGUCUAAUUUUUCUCCUGAAUUGGGGAUUUCGGACUAUAUGAUGUCUCCAGAAUUGAAAUCAGAUCCUAUAACCCCUGUGCAGAGUUCAGUUAGGGACUUUUCAACUCCUAGGAGUAAGCCUGAUUCAAGUACUUCAUAUGGCAUUGUUGGUAAGCAGCAGCAGAGCCCCGUUGUGAGUUCGAGCUGGUGGUCCCCUGUGAAAUUUGUAAGUAAUACAGAGCAAGAUGAUAAAGGAAAGAGUUCUCCAGUUGAAGGUGUGAUCCAACCUGGUGCCUUGAUAACAUUGCCACCCCCGAGGGAGGUUGCUAGACCGGAAAUGAAGAAGAGUUUGGUGCCCAUGGAGAACCUUGACGAGGAGGAAUGGGUCACUGUCUAUGGAUUUUCACCAGCUGAUACUAAUCUAGUUUUGCGGGAGUUUGAAAAAUGUGGUGUGAUUCUGAAACAUGUUCCUGGCCCAAGAGAAGCUAAUUGGAUGCACGUUCUGUAUCAGAAUCGAUUCGAUGCUCGUAAAGCACUCAGCAAAAAUGGCAUGGAAAUAAAAGGAGUGCUUAUUAUUGGAGUCAAGCCUGUGGAUCCAAUGGAACGACGGGCUUUAAACGAGAGGCUUAGCAAUCAAGGAUAUCAAGGAUUUAUGCCAUUACCCCCUGCACCAUCAUAUGGAAACUCGACAUCAAAUGGUUUAGAAGUGCGCCCUCAUCCAUACUAUGCCCAGAAUAGCAGUUCUGGUGGCCAGGAAUCUGCUGGUACCAUUGUCACACCUGCCAAAUCGAUGGUCUCGAAGGCUGCCCUUUUUCAAGAUUAA